UCCGAACAACAAAAACAACCGACAUUCCGAAAACCCCAAAAGCGGAUGAUCUGGCUAUAGAGAGCCUCUACUUGUUCUGGGAUGGAUGGCAUGGUUUGAGCCGCUUGUUGGCAGUCAUUCCAAACGGAUAUCCACUUUACAUCGGCCAAGGUCUUUCGCUCCGACGCUCCUCCGGAAUUUACCAAUAAAUGAUUUGUGUCGUGAUGCGGUGUAGUGUGGUUUAGACAUUUUUUUGUUUGAGCCUAGCUGAGUCUACAGCAGUCUUGGAAGCCCUCUCGGGACAGUGGUCCAGUUGGUCCUCGUAGACUGCCAUCAUCAAAGCACUUGUUCUUGGACAGAGGCAGAAAAAAAGCGGAUUCCGGUGCGAAGACAGGACUCAUUGAAUUUCUUCCUCUUGUUGCGCUCGUCGCGUCCGGACGUGAAAAUUAUGUCAAACUACCGUUGUUGGGCUACAUAGUGAGCAAAUAAGAGUGCAUUUUUUCCCUCAGCUAAGGACAUACCUUCGAAUUGACUCCAUGGCAUAGUGGCGAACUGUAUUGUGCCGAAGAUAGAAUCGCGAUUGCUUCCUGGACGGUUCCGGGUCGAUUUGGUGCGCGGUUUGUGUAGUUGUUGGUGAUUUGUCGAUCGGUAAAGUGCGAUAACUUAUUGAUUAUUAAUAGAUUUUUGCAUGCAGCAGCAAGUGGUUUGGUCUCCGUUGCAACGGAAGAAAAAGUGCGCUCUGCGAAUGAUACUUACACAAACAAAAGAUUUCCGACAUUGUUGGUGGUUACUGCCGUUCUGAAUGUUGGACGAAAAAUUGGAAAGGAAGGACAUUGUGUUAUGAAUGGAUUCUUGUGAAUGCCCAACGGUAGGCGUCGUUGUAAGGAUACAGUGCAUUAAUUGUACAACGGAUUGUUGAAAAGUUUUAAAAUAAGGGUCAAACGGAAGUUCGGAAGCAAGAUGUAUGAAAGCUCUUGCUCAUAUCAAACGGCACUGGACCUAAAACGGGCAGCUUCCCCGUUGAUAACACAUCAGGUCAAAUCGGAGGAUUGCCUUGGUCUAACGCAAUGUGCUACCGAUUGGGGCUCCUAUCGAUUUCACCAGUCAACGUUCGAGCAAUUGAAGCAAAGUGUGGAGAAAGCGAAGGCGGCCCUUCAGGAUAGAACCGUUUUUCUGGGAAGCUCCAGUGCAUUCAGUGACAUAUACUCCUCCCCACGGUUAACAGAAUCUCUGGAAAACGUGAUAUCGCAUAGUACUGCCAAUAGUAGUAACAAUGCGGAAAAUAACUCAAGCAACAACAACGCAAGUGGAACCUCGAGUAACAGUCUUAACAAUUCCAGUGCAAGUGCGAACAAUGCAAGUGGUGGGAGUAGUGGAACUAGUGGCGGGAGUGGAAGUGGCUCCAGUAGUGGUAUUAGCGUGAUCAAUGCAACCUCCUUGGUCUCACCUAGCAAUUUGCUGGUGAGCAAUGGUCUUACUUCCCAACGACAUCGAAGUGAUUUAUUAGGGACAGGUAACUUGAAUCUCGUGUCGUCAACUCAGUCUCCGACCACCACUUCGACUCCAUCGUCGAUUUUGUCCCAAAACCUGGAAUCACCAUCGCUGGACGUCAAAUCGAGACAAGAUUCAUCGUACAAAUCGUCAUGGGGAUCUCACAGCUCAUCGCAAAGCCAAGGCUACAGUUCGAAUGCCCUUAGCAGCGUUAGCGUCGGGAAAACUUCAUUAGAUGCACAUUCACACUUUAGACAGCCAGAUCCAUAUCAGAUGUUUGGUCCCACUAGUAGUCGACUAGCUAGUUCAGGUUCAGGUCAAAUCCAGCUGUGGCAGUUUCUGUUGGAGCUAUUGAGCGACUCGGCCAACGCUGCCUGUAUCACGUGGGAAGGAACCAACGGCGAGUUUAAGCUAACCGAUCCGGACGAAGUGGCGAGGCGUUGGGGCGAGCGAAAAUCCAAACCGAACAUGAACUACGACAAGCUGAGUAGAGCGUUGAGAUAUUACUACGAUAAGAACAUCAUGACCAAGGUGCACGGCAAGCGUUACGCAUACAAAUUUGACUUCCAGGGGCUAGCCGCGGCUACGCAGCCCCAGACCGACCCGACCUACAAGUACCAAAGCGACCUGUUUAUGUCGCCGUACCACCAUGGGGCCAAGCUGAGUUCCUUCAUGAGCCCACACCACAGCAUGACGUCAUCUUCCGCAUCCAUCUUCCCGUCGGCAGCUUCCUGGGGCAACUGGGGUAGUCCAGCGACGAACCUCUACCCUUCGCACACGAUGUCCCACGUAACGCCAUCCCAUGUCGCACCCCAUCUUGGUUCGUAUCCACACUACGCAUGACCAUCACCAACGACAACCACCUCCACGCAUCAUCAUCAUCACUCGCAGGUUGACAACUUUGACAUCUACAAGAAGUUGACUCCCUACGAAUAAUAGCAACAGCCGCAGCACAAUUCUGAAGCUGCCACUGAACAGUUCAACUUUUAACUUUCCAACCCAAACCGACAAAGCGGGAAGAUGCAAAUAUUUUAAAGAUUAUACAAAAUGGAAUUCCAAGUCAGUGUAUACUAGCAAUAUUUUUGAUGUAAAGAAAAAAAACGAAUCUCAUGUCGCAACUACGCAAAUGAAACAAACUAGUCUUCAGAUAACGGAUCGAGUCAUCGUAGAUAUUAAAUUAAAAUGUAUAAAGUUAUUUAUUACCUGUACAUAGAUAAAGGAACACGUUAGAUUUACUUUUUGUUUAUGAUUCGUGAUAUGUAAAAGAUAAUUGGCAAGUAUUACCAAACCAAGAAAAUCUAGUCUUCUAAUUAUGUUUAGUUUAUUAAACAAGUCAGUGCAAACCAAAAAGUCUCUAGAAGUUAGAAAGCAAGUGAAAAGCUUGUUCAAUAAGUUAUUAUACAUUUUCAGAAAUAUUUAUAAUUUCACAAAGUAAAAAAGCAAAUAUUCGUACAUUCAAAGACUGUGAUAGUUAACGACACUUGUUAAAAUUUUGUUCUCGCAACAGUUUUUACUCAAAUCGUCUACAACUAUUGAGGGGAACUAUGUUUUACCAAACAAAAUAAAAGAUGUGAAUACAAUAUCUUUACAUGUAAAUUAAAGUCUUAGCUCCUACAACUGUACAUAGCAAUACUUAUACAAAAAAGAACAUAUUCAAAGCGUACUGCUGAACAAAGCAAGCAUAAAAUAACAUUAAAAAAAUCAAUUUACAUGGAUGUAUUGUCGAGGUAUAUGUUACAAAACGAGCGUUAUCAUUGUUCAUCAAAACUUUUCUUAUCGAAAGCAUUUGCAACCCUGUACAUAGAAACACGCUCGAUGUGAAAAAUGAAUCAAAAGUCAAAAUCCAUCAACAAAUUAUCAGUGACUGUAACUACUUUGUGUGAAGUUCAAAUAUAUCGAGUCCCAUGAAAGCGGACGGAUAUCAAAUCUGAGUGAAAAUAAAUUAAAUGAAAACCAAAAAAAUCUUUCAAACUAUUCGUCAUGUGGCUGGUACUAGAAUAAUGAUCAAAUAACAUGCAUAAACUCGUAACUGAAUGUCUAUUUUUCAAUCUACCGGUACGUGUGACUUCGUCCAAGUUCAUUGGUCUACUUGAAUAACUUUUGGACGAAGACUACAACAAUUUCUGUAAUACAAAUAUUGCAAGCAUAACAAAACAAAUAUAUGUGUACAUGGUGUGACAAAGUCGACGAAAUAAAAUUAAACUAAAUAAAACCCGAAAACAAAACCAGUCUUCAUUGUAUAUGAACAGGGCAAAAUUAUAUACUUAUUGAAUUGAAAACCAAAAAAAGCUAAUAAAUUCGUAUAAAUGUUUGAAAAA